CUUCCGGCAGCGGCGGCUGCAGCCUCGCUCUGGUCCCUGCGGCUGGCGGCCGAGCCGUGUGUCUCCUCCUCCGCCGCCGCCAUAUUGUCUGUGUGAGGAGAGGGGAGAGCGGCCGCCGCCGCUGCCGCUUCCACCACAGUUUGAAGAAAACAGGUCUGAAACAAGGUCAUACCCCCAGCUGCUUCUGAACACAUUGACUGCCAGAUCUCCAAACAUCAAGUCCACCUUCAUUCGCCAACCUGUCUGACAUGUCGGGACCCGUGCCAAGCAGGGCCAGAGUUUACACAGAUGUUAAUACGCACAGACCCCGAGAGUACUGGGAUUAUGAGUCACAUGUGGUGGAGUGGGGUAAUCAAGAUGACUACCAACUCGUUCGAAAAUUAGGCCGGGGUAAAUACAGUGAAGUAUUUGAAGCCAUCAACAUCACAAAUAAUGAAAAAGUUGUUGUUAAAAUUCUCAAGCCAGUAAAGAAGAAGAAAAUCAAGCGUGAAAUAAAGAUUUUGGAGAAUUUACGAGGCGGUCCCAAUAUCAUCACACUGGCAGACAUUGUAAAAGACCCUGUGUCACGAACCCCUGCCUUGGUUUUUGAACACGUAAACAACACAGACUUCAAGCAAUUGUACCAGACGUUAACAGACUAUGAUAUUCGAUUUUACAUGUAUGAGAUUCUGAAGGCCCUGGAUUAUUGUCACAGCAUGGGAAUUAUGCACAGAGAUGUGAAGCCCCAUAAUGUCAUGAUUGAUCACGAGCACAGAAAGCUACGACUAAUAGACUGGGGUUUGGCUGAGUUUUACCAUCCUGGCCAAGAAUACAAUGUCAGAGUUGCUUCCCGAUACUUCAAAGGUCCUGAGCUACUUGUAGACUAUCAGAUGUAUGAUUAUAGUUUGGAUAUGUGGAGCUUGGGUUGUAUGCUGGCAAGUAUGAUCUUCCGGAAGGAGCCAUUUUUCCAUGGACAUGACAAUUAUGAUCAGUUGGUGAGGAUAGCCAAGGUUCUGGGGACAGAAGAUUUAUAUGACUAUAUUGACAAAUACAACAUUGAAUUAGAUCCACGUUUCAAUGAUAUCUUGGGCAGACACUCCCGUAAGCGAUGGGAACGCUUUGUCCACAGUGAAAACCAGCACCUUGUCAGCCCCGAGGCCUUGGAUUUCUUGGACAAGCUGCUGCGAUAUGACCACCAGUCACGGCUUACCGCAAGAGAGGCCAUGGAGCACCCCUAUUUCUAUACUGUUGUGAAGGACCAGGCUCGAAUGGGCUCAUCUAGCAUGCCGGGGGGCAGUACGCCUGUCAGCAGCGCCAAUAUGAUGUCAGGGAUUUCUUCAGUGCCAACCCCUUCACCCCUUGGACCUCUGGCAGGCUCACCAGUGAUUGCUGCUGCCAACCCCCUUGGGAUGCCUGUUCCAGCUGCCGCUGGCGCUCAGCAGUAACGGCCCCUUCUGUCUCCUGAUGCCUAAGCAGAGGUGGGGGAGUCGACGCUCUCCUUGAUGCAGCUUGCGCCUGGCGGGGAGGGGUGAAAUACUUCAGAAGCACCGUGUCUGAACCGUUGCUUGUGGAUUUAUAGUAGUUCAGUCAUAAAAAAAAAAAAAUUAUAAUAGGCUGAUUUUCUUUUUUUUUCUUUUUUUUUUUCCUUUUCUUUUUUUUUUUUAACUCGAACUUUUCAUAACUCAGGGGAUUCCCUGAAAAAUUACCUGCAGGUGGAAUAUUUCACGGACAAAAUUUUUCCCCCCUUUUAAAUUUAAUUUCUCAUCACUAAAGGACAAAGAUGAACCAGCCUCAAUCCCGGCUGCUGCAUUUGGGUGGAGAUCUCUUCCCAUGUCCAUCAUUGCUCCCCCACCAUCCCACACUUUGGGGGAUUUAUAUCUCAUGCUCUUCUCCAGAGAUUAUAAAAAUGUAGCUUCUUCAAGGGAGGUGGGAAGGAAGAAGGAAGGGAGGACCCAACCUACAAGAGCGUUGUGCUGCUGGUCACUUUUAUCACUUUACUCCAAGUGCUUCAGUGGGGCUGUCAUGGUGAAUCUAGUGGAAAUAUGUCUUAGUUUCAUUGAGAUGCUGAAUAUCACCUACCCAAAGUGCAAAUAGGUCCUGAAAACUUCAAUCUGAAUCAUGUCUUAUUAACCGAGCCCUAAAUGCAACUCACUUAGACUUCUAGUUUCAGUUUAGUUUAAAAUGUUAAUACCUUCCCUCCCAGUCUCCUUACCUUGGUCCUCUCCGCCUUCAUCUCCCCACGUGCUCUGUAGCUGGUGGGAGGGGGAGGCAAAAUCUUUUCCAGUUUUCUUUGACUUGGCCAUUUUGAAUUCAGUUAGUUACUGGGCUUAACUUACUGCUUUUUGCAAAAGAAACAAACAUUGUCUGUAUAGGUUUCAUGCUAGCAGCUCUUUCAGAGCUAAUGGAAGAUGUGGCCACACGGAGUUUCAUUUUAAGCUUCCUGCCUUCUUUUCUUCCUUUCUUCCCCUUCCUUCACAUGCCAUCCAGUGAGAAGACCUGCCCCCCAGUCUUGUAAAUGUAUCUGAGAGGUAGGAGCAGAGCCACUAUCUCCAGUGAAACUGAAAUGGUAGACCUGUGAUUGUGGGAAAACUGUACACUCUCUUGUUACAGCCCUGCCGCCCCUUGCUGUGUGUGUGUGUAUAAUACUUUGUCCUUCACAUGUGAAAGGCCCAGUGUUGGAAUUCUUUGGUGUAAAUAAACGUUUGGUUUUAUUUAUCAA